AACAACUCUGCGCUCGGUGAGAAAAAAUUGAUUUCUAGUUGAUGGUGUUGGUGGACGUUGAUGGAUGACGAAGGCAGGAUGGAGAACUACCUGAAAAGAUUGGAACCGACAGAGGAAGUGGAGACGGAGUCAGCACAAAAACGUAAGAGAGAGCGAUCGGUUGUUUGGGACCACUUCAAAAAGAGCAGUGACAAAGCGUAUGGCAUUUGCAACUAUUGUGGAAAACAUCUUAAGACAGCUGGCAAUACCUCAAACUUGCUUGACCAUCUUAAGCGCUUGCAUCCGAGUCGCAUGACCGCUGAUAAGGAACCAAUGCCUAAAACGAUGGCAACUUUUUUGAACAAGGAGCCGUUCUAUGGCAGUGACUCAAAUGUAAAAAAAAGAUUGGAUAAAAAAGUGAUGGAUAUGAUUGUCAAAGACGUGCGUCCGUUUAGUUGCGUUCAUGACGAAGGAUUUGUCGAACUCAUGCAAGAAGCGGUCCCGCGCUACAAGUUGCCGAGCAGAACGUAUUUUCGCGAUGUGAUGCUUCCAACGGAAUAUGAUCUGCUAAGCCUUAAGUUGCGUGCAGCUUUGGAGGCCGUUAAGCAUGUUGGUUUGACAACCGAUCUAUGGACAUCUGCAGCUAACGAAGGCUACAUCACAAUCACGUGUCAUUUUAUAACAGAAAACUUUAAAUUGACGUCUGCACUGCUAUCGACAGCACCCUUGAUGACCCCCACAAAUCAUAACGCCCAAAACAUCGCAGACUCAAUAAGUUUAAUGUUGGCUAAGUGGGGUCUUUUGUCGAAGGUUGUCACCGUUACAACGGACAAUGAUAGUACAAUGAAAAAAGCGUGCGAUAUUUUGGAAUUCAAGCAUUUACCCUGUUUGGCACACACGAUAAAUCUGCUUGCUCAGGACAUUUUAAAACUGGCAGCAGUAAAUGUGAUUAUCUCAAAGUGCAAACGGAUAGUAACAUACUUCAAGCAUAGCACAAUAGCCACAGCUAAAUUAAAAGAAGCGCAAAAUACAAAUGAGCCGCUUCUCUUAAUUCAGGAAGUGAGCACUAGGUGGAACAGUGCAUACGCCAUGGUAAAAAGAAUACUCCAAAUAAAUGAAUAUGUAACUUUGACUUUGCUAAAACUGCGAAAUGGCCCUUCACCGAUCACAAAUGAAGAACUCGACGUCUUGAAUGACUUGUCGGAUUUGCUGUCGCCUUUUCACGAAGCGACUCUUUCGGUGUCGACUAACACAAAAGUGUCUGUGUCGCUAAUUAUUCCAGUCAUUGCCGAGAUUCAUCAUAAAAUGAAUCAAGUAAAGGCACAGUUGCGAACACAGGAAGGAAAAAAAAUAUAUGUAGUUGUUCAAAAACGCUUAGUUGAAAGACUUGAUUCCUUUGAAACGCACACAAUUCCUCGCAUCGCUACUCUCAUUGAUCCUCGCUUCAAAAAAGAUGGCUUUCUCCGAAGUUCAAACGCAGAACAAGCAGCCGAAGCGUUGGAGCUGGAAUUGCUCUCUCUUGAGCCAACAACUCCACGACGUCCACCAACACCAGAAUCAACUUUAAACGAGGCAAGCAGCAAAUUUUCAUUUUUGCAAAAUAAGCCUAAGGUAAAGUCUACCAGAGCCGAUGCCACAAGGCAAUUUAUGGAAAAUGAAAACAUUCCUGACACUUGCGACCCCUUGAAGUAUUGGGAGAUGACUGCUGACAACGAGCUGAAAUUGGUUGCAAAAAAAUUUUUCUGUGUACAAGCCUCGUCCUGUGAGUCUGAAAGAGUAUUCAGCCUAGCUGGACAAACCAUAUCUGACCGCAGGACACGGCUUAAACCUGAAGUUGUUGAUCAACUUUUGUUCCUAAAUAAAAAUAGACACUUUAACUGAUCUCAAAU